AUGCCUAAAUAUGCAAAAUUUUUGAAGAAUAUAUUAUCAAACAAGUGGAAGUUGGAGGAGCAUGAGACUGUAAUGCUGACUGAGGACAGUAGUGCAAUUUUACAAAAGAAGCUACCACCUAAGUUGAAAGAUCAGGAGAGUUUCACGAUCCCUUGCACUAUAAGGAAUUCCUAUUUUGAUAUAGUUUUAUGCGACUUAGGGGCAAUUAUUAAUUUUAUGCCCUUCUUUGUGUUCAGGAAGCUUGGACUUGGAGAAGCAAACUCGACCACUGUCUCUCUAGAGUUGGCGGGCAGAUCUAUCAAAUACUUGAGAGGACUCAUUAAGGAUGUGCUGGUGAAAGUUGAUAAGUUCAUCUUCCUGGCCGAUUUCAUUGUGCUUGAUAUGGAGAAGAACGAGGAGAUCCCCUUCAUACUGGGUCAACCUUUCCUUGCGAUGGGGAGAACCUUAAUUGAUGUCCAGCAAUGA